UAAUGUUUUUUUUUUGUCAAAUCGAUCUGUUCGUGUCCUCUUGCUCCUGGAAUCUUCAUCAUUAUUGGACGUUACUCAAAUUUUAACCCAGAUUUUGCGAGCUGGAACGAGGAAUUGGCACAAGCAAAGAUGAAAUACUCAGUUUUACCCAUUGCAUUGCUUGUAAUGCACUGUGCUUUUGGAGAGAGCUCCCACAAUCAUGAAGAUCAUUAUGUGGGUCACGACAUGGAUCUCCUAUUGGGAACUGAGGAAGAAGAUGGAAUAAAGAAACUUAGUCCGGCUGAGCAAAGGAACAAAAUUAUGGAAAUCCUGAAGAAGAUUGAUAAAAAUUCUGACAAACAUCUAACCUCAGAGGAGAUCACACUAUGGAUUCAACAUGUCUACAAGAAAUACGCAUUGGAUGAUGCAGAGGAGCGCUUCCCUGAAUUUGACACCAACAACGAUGGUGUUGUGUCUUGGGAAGAAUACAACAUGGUUGUCCAUGAACGAGUCAUUAAUAUUGAUGAGAAUGCUGUUCUGGAGGAUCCAGAGGAAGAGUCACUCAGAUUUCUCCACUUAAAGGAAAAGAAGCGCUUUGAUUUUGCUGAUAUGGGUGGCACACCAGGCCUUAACCUAACUGAGUUUCUUGCAUUUACACACCCAUCUGAAGUGGAUUACAUGGCUGAUUUUGCCAUUGAAGAUGUGUUGAGUGAGUAUGACACAGAUAAAGAUGGGUUCAUCAGUCUAAGUGAAUUUAUUGGAGAUGUUCGAACUAAUGAGGAGGUUGACCCAUCAAAGUGGGAGAUUGAGGAAACUGUCCGCUUUGACGACCUCUAUGAUCAAGACAAGGAUGGCAAGUUGAAUCGAGAGGAGCAGCUCCGCUGGGUGGCCCCUAACAGCUAUGGCUCUGCACGGGAGGAGGCUAUUCACCUCAUCAAAGAAAUGGACCAAGAUGGUGAUGGGAGACUGUCAGAGGCAGAGGUUUUGAAAAAUCAAGAAAUGUUUAUGAAUAGUGAAGUAACAGACUAUGGAAGACAACUUCAUGUGUCACACGAUGAAUUAUAACAUAUUUUUUAUUUUACUGUGAUGUACCAGUUAAAAGUUUGGACACGCAUACUUAUUCCAGGGUUUUUCUUUAUUUUGACUAUUUUCUGUA